UAAAAGUUUGUAUAUUCCUAAUUUAACAUUUUGUGUUUAUUAGACGCUGAGUAUAAAUCUAAUGAACGCUUGCUUAAAGGUGCAAUCGUUGAAGUGUUUAAUUUGUUUCCUUCAUAUGUGGAAUGGUUAUUUUGUCAUGUUCAAAUAUGCAAUCUGAAGCAAAACUUCGCUCGCGUGCUCCAAAUUUCUCUAAUACUGAAAAUUUAAUUUUGUACGAUUGCAUAAACAAAUAUAAGCACAUAAUAGAAAAUAAAAAAAUAGACCGGGCCAGCCUUGCGCAAAAACAUAACGCAUGGAGAGAAGUGGCGAAAGAAUUUAAUUCGAUCACUGCUGGUUACAACCGGACCGCAGAAAGUUUGCAACAAAAUUACAAAAACAUGAAGAAAAAAACAAAAAAGUGGUCAACAAUUUCCAGAAUGGAUCUAACAGAAGAUAAGACCGAAGAGGUAGAGGACUGUGGUACGUCCGCUAACGGUUGGGAGAAAAUCUCCAGCGCUACAGCGGUACCGACAAAUCCUUGGCAAGAGAGUUUCAUGGAAAUGGCAGAGGAAAGUGACACACAGGGAAGGGAAUCGAGAAAUGCUAACAUGCAUGACAGUGCACCUUCAAUUACUGGCUGCUAUACCAUGUACGAUGCCGACAGCAGUCGUAACACACCCUCUGAGGACGUAAAACCUGCUGAGAUAAUUCUAGGUGGAGCGGAUGAAUUACCAACAGUCGAGGCAGGCGCGAAGGGUGAAAGUGAGCAGAGUGACUACUUCAGACAUGAUAGCGAUAAUUUAAUAAAAAGCCACGAUCCUUUAUUGAUACGCAAAAGGAAAGUGCAAUCAUCGGGCAGGGAAGCGGUUGCAUAUAAGAUUAAGCUCUUGGCCGCUGAAGAAUUGGCAAUGGCGUCCGCUCAAAAGCAAGUGAUCCAAAUUCAGUUGUUAAACGAGCAAGAAACACUGGAGCACAACCGUUUAUUAAGAAAAAUGGAACUUGAAGAUGCACAAAGAAAGUAUCAGCACAACGAAACUGUUCGCAAAUUACAGUUAAAAAAAUGUCUAAAUAUAUACAACAAUUUCACACUAGAGGAAUAAGACAAUUUUGCCCCAACACUCCCAUGGCAGCCGGUUCUACGUUACCGGAAUGACUCGGGUUUUUCCGACCAAGGGCUGCCGCCCCAGUAAACUAGCCCUGUUAGUGUACCGUAUCCCAAUUUUGCCAAUGGAAAAUAAUAUGAAGCUAAGCUCCCUUGAGAAAAAAUAUGUAAAAAAUUACAAAUAAGAAAGCUUACUUUGCGGACAAAUUAAUGUAUCAUUGGGAUUAGAUUUAAAAAGCAUGUAGCUCGGUAGACCUUUUCAUUCCUGCUGCUUGUAACCCUACUAAAAUUAUUCGGCGAAAAUCAAAAUAAUGAGUUUUAAAGAUACAAAAUGCUUUUAAUUUGAAAGAACAAUAACUACAUGUACGAGUAUUUUACAUAAAAAAGUAAAUACACGAUUAAAUAAAAUACCAUGCGUUCCAUUAGUUAGAGACCUGUUACGCAAACCUUUCUCAUCAUAUACGUCAAAUACGUCUUGAUGUUAGUUAAUUUUAGUUUUUUAUAAAAUCUAAGCAAACUACCACAGUAUAUUGACUAAAAAAGAUAAAAUGGUUCCAAAAAUAUUUAUUUUUUAUAUACGAAAUAUAAGUGCAAA